CAACAGCUCCAGAGUCCCUUUCGGCCAACCGACUUAAAUUAAUGGUUUCGAUAGGAACACCGGCGAGUGCAGAGAACGGCUCUGCCGCCCCUAAUCCGGCCACCGCCGAAUGCGACGCUGAGAGAAUGCUUCAGGCAGGCGAUGGAUACCAUCCUUCGGCCAACGAAAUAACCCCGGAGUCGGAAUUUUUGAAGAAGCGAAAGUCGUCGAUUCUUCCUUUGGAGGUCGGCACGCGCGUCAUGUGCCGGUGGAGGGAUAACAAGUACCACCCGGUCAAGGUCAUUGAACGACGGAGAGUUCAUUGCGGUGGGCCCAACGACUACGAGUAUUACGUCCACUACACUGAGUUCAAUAGGAGGCUUGACGAGUGGGUGAAACUUGACCAACUUGAUCUUGAUUCAGUAGAGGCCGUAGUUGAUGAGAAAGUGGAGGACAAGGUUACAAGCUUGAAAAUGACUCGUCAUCAGAAGCGGAAGAUUGAUGAGACACAUGUAGAGGGCCAUGAGGAACUUGAUGCUGCCAGCUUGCGUGAACAUGAAGAGUUUACGAAAGUGAAAAAUAUAGCGACUAUAGAACUUGGAAGAUAUGAAAUUGAGACAUGGUACUUCUCCCCCUUCCCACCCGAAUAUAAUGACUCUUUGAAGCUGUACUUUUGUGAGUUUUGUCUCAAUUUCAUGAAGCGCAAAGAGCAGCUUCAAAGGCAUAUGAGAAAAUGUGAUCUCAAGCAUCCCCCUGGUGAUGAGAUAUACCGAAGUGGUACACUUUCUAUGUUUGAGGUUGAUGGCAAAAAGAACAAGGUUUAUGGGCAGAAUCUUUGUUAUUUGGCAAAAUUAUUUCUUGAUCACAAGACCCUGUAUUAUGAUGUUGACCUCUUUCUGUUUUACAUUUUAUGUGAAUGUGAUGAUCGGGGCUGCCAUAUGGUUGGAUAUUUUUCCAAGGAAAAGCAUUCGGAGGAAUCCUAUAACUUGGCAUGUAUCCUCACCCUCCCUCCGUAUCAAAGAAAAGGCUAUGGAAAAUUUUUGAUUGCCUUCUCAUAUGAACUAUCAAAGAAAGAAGGUAAAGUUGGCACGCCUGAAAGACCCCUCUCUGACCUAGGAUUGCUGAGUUACAGAGGGUACUGGACCCGGGUGCUUCUAGAUAUCUUGAAAAAGCACAAGGGAAAUAUUUCAAUCAAGGAGCUUAGUGACAUGACAGCCAUCAAGGCAGAGGAUAUAUUGAACACCCUUCAGAGUCUAGAAUUAAUUCAGUACAGGAAAGGUCAGCAUGUCAUUUGUGCAGACCCGAAGGUCCUGGAUCGUCAUCUAAAAGCCGCCGGACGUGGGGGUCUCGAGGUCGAUGUUAGCAAACUGAUUUGGACGCCGUAUAAAGAGCAAGGGUGAUCAUAAGUAGUCCGCUUCAUUCAAUACCUGUAAACUUGCUGCUGCUUGUAUAAAUAUAGACCUAGGCAUCAAAAAAAAUAAAAUUUGAACUUGAAUACCAGGCUUGUGUUGUUGACGUGAAUGACUUGGUUAGGGCAAUAUUGUGAUUUGCUAUUGUCGCUUGAAACAGUAACAGCAUUCACUAGUACAGUAAUGUGAGUUAUGCUCUAA